AAAGUUGCUGAACAACUACUCAACGAGCAAGCUGAUGCUUUCGCCCAGAGUGAUGAUGACGUAGGAAGUAUACCAAACCUUCAACUGAAAAUCCACCUGAACGACAAAACCCCAGUUCAAAAGAACUAUGUUGCUGUCCCUCGACCAUUGUAUCCCGAGGUGAAAGCUUAUGUCGAAGAUCUGUUAAACAGGAAGUUCAUUCGGAGAUCAAAUUCGUCAUACACGGUUCCCCUGAAGUGGGCGUUCGAAAUAAGGAUCAAAGUUUACGAUUGUGCGUCGACUAUCGCGAGCUCAACCGAAAAUCAGGGGUAG